UCAUCCCUUGUCUAGAGAAGAAGAAGAAGACGAAGAGCACUUUGUUGUUAAGCGAAUGCCGGGCGGUUUGGGUGUAUGUGAUUAUAUUCUGGAAAACGGGAUUGAUUUGAUGACUGCAGGAGGAAAGAUCGAAAGAAAGAAAGGAAGAGAGAACGACACCACACCCACCCCAAACUCUACUGCCACCAUACCUGAGACUUUCAUCCUCAUCCUCCUCAUCGUCAUCGUCAUCGUCAUUAUCAUCAUCUACAUCAACAGCAUCAUAUCAAUAUGGAUUGUCAUAGCCGUUGUCAUUGUCACCAUCAUCAUCACCAUCAUCGUCAUUAUUAGUAUAAUGGAAAUUAAACUAGCGGGAAGGGGCCAGGGCGAUGAAAUGCAAAGCAAAGCAUGGCGUUGUUUAUAAUCUCGAUCUUGACUUUGAUUUUUUUUUUUUGAUUUUCUUUUAAAUUGUAUUUGCUGUGAAGAAAGAUAUGUGGUGUGGUGAUUUAAUCAUUAGCCUGAUUUGAUUUGAUUUGAUUUCGCGUGCUUUACUUUUACGUGCUUUGGUUUGUUUGUGCGGGAUAGAUGAGAUGAGAUGAAAUAGAUGAGAUAGAAGAUACUGCAUAUAUGUAUUUGCUUGUAUGGCCGUAUGGUAGUAUGCCUCAGGCUUAGAGAAUAGAUAGAUAUCUACCGACCUACUUAAUAUAGAUAUUUUA